UCCCCUGUGUUUAAUAAUUUAAGUCUUCCAGGUGAUACUAAUACACUGCCUGGGAUGAGAAUCACUGACAUUGACUCUGUUAGGCUACAAUAAGGAAUUUGGAUUUUAUUCUUAACAUAAGAGUGAGCCCACUGAAGAAUUAAGAAGGAAACUAGUAAGACUAAUUUUAUUUUUAAAAGAUCACUCUGGUUGUUAGGGGAAGAAGCAAAGGGGCAAGAACAAAAAAAACUCAAUUCUGAAAGUUUUAAGAGAUUGGGUGGAGGGAGUGGAGGCUUAACAACUAGAUGGUGAUGGCCGAAUUCCAAAAGCCGGAUUUUUCAACAGACUAAACAGUCAAUAGGUAUGAUCAGAGCAGAAAGAAAAGAAAACCUACAAAUAAGGGGGCAAGCAUAAACUCCUCCAAAAUACUUUACCCUUCUGACUGUGAGAAUCAUUUGACUACAUAAGGGAUUUGUAUAUACUCUUCUUACAUUACCACCAUAUAUAAAUUAUGUAGCUAAAGAUUUGUUCUUUCAACAGCAUUUCAAACAAAGACAAAGAAUACUAUUUACAUUUAAAAAUGUUAUCUUCAAAUGACCUAAAAUCUAACCUGCAAACCCAUUACAGUUACAUUUACUAGUGUAAAGUUUCAAGUUGUUUUUACUUCACCUGGAAAAAAUUGUUUCUUUCACACUAAAUAAUAAUAAAUUGGUAUGUUCAAAAAAUAAUAAAAAACUGAUAUGGAAAUAAGCAAUAAAAAUGUUUACUAAUUAAAAAACAUUUAUAGCUUACAAAAAGAUAUACCAUGCUCAUGGAUUAGAAGAUUAAUAUUCUUGGCCCUCUGACCCGCGGCCGAAAGCCGGUGCAUUCUGCGACCCCCAACCAUGCCCGCGGGCAUGUCCUGGGCCACGUAUCUGAAAAUGUUCACUGCCAGCCUCCUGACCAUGUGCGCCGGGGCCAAAGCAGUGCAUAGGUACUACUGGCCGGACCUGACAAUACCUGAAAUUCCACCAAAGCCUGGAGAACUCAAAAUGGAGCUUUUGGGACUGAAAGAGAGACAACAUGAACCUCAAAUUUCUCAACAAUAGAAACCUCAAAAUACUUAACUCUGCCAAGAACUCUGUGAAUAAUAUUGUAAAUAUUAAAUAUAUAUUUUUAAAGUUAAAAAAAGAUUAAUAUUCUU